UAUCAUCUGUCAUAAACAUUCAUUACGUAUAUAUAGGUACCUAUUUAAAAUAUUACUUGUGAUUUUGUUUUCCGAUUCAAUAAACCAAAAAUAAACAGAGCAAAUCUGUGUCGACAAAUUAUCGAUUACAUUCUCUAGAAAUGAACAUCUUACCAAAGAAGAGAUGGCAUGUAAGAACCAAAGAGAAUAUUGCCCGUGUUAGAAAAGAUGAAGCUGAAGCUGCCGAAAAGGAGAGGCAAGAAAAAUUGAGAAUUGAAAAUGCAGAUCGUGAAGCUAGGCUAAAUCUGCUUAAACAGAAAAGCAGGCAGCACCUGUUACAAUGUGGUGCUACAGAUAAAGCAGUGGAAGAUAAACUUGAUCAAGGGGAAGUCUCACACAAAGAACAUGUUAAUCUGUUUGCAGAUGUUGAACAUGCAGUUCAUACUACCAAUAAAGACCAUGAUAAAGAAAUCAAAGAAAAAUUAGAAGAAUAUGAAAAGAAGAUUGGUUAUUUAACUUAUCUUGGGCAAGAUACAAAUGAAGCCCUCAAGAAAAAGAACUGGUAUGAGGUUUUACCUGAAGCACGAUCUUCCAUGUCUAAACAAGUUAGAGAAACUUAUGAUAUGUUAGUACUCAGAGAUCAAGAUGGUAAACCAAAACAAAAGGAACUUGAUGAAAAAUAUGGAGAAGUUGGGUGGAAGGCCAAACAACGCCUUGAUCCUAUAAAUAACUUUAAAAAAAUUUGUAAACUGGAAGGAGAGAUAAAAAAUGAUAAGAAAAAAGUAAGUGCAAUAUAUUCCUGUUCAAAAACUAAUCAAAUGAAUAAAAAACAUAAGAAAGACUUAAAUGAUGAAAAAGAAACAAAGUUACAAAAAUUAAGAGAAGCUCGGCUCAAGAGAGAGCAACAAGAAAAACAUAAAACUGAAUUGUUUCUUAGUGGACUGGCUGGAAAAACUGAAUCUGAUUACAUAGAUCCUCCUGUAAGCAAGGUCAAACCAAAAUACAACUCUCAAUUUAAUCCAGAACUAGCUAGACAAAAUUAUAAUAGGUAG